ACGUAGGCUAACCAUCCUUUCAAUUAUACAUUCAUGCGAGAUUGCACAAGAGGAUAGCAACAGUCCAGUUCUGAACUUAAAAUAACAUUGGUUGAAUAUAAAGCGCUUCUGAGCACUUAUUUUAUUCAGUUUAUCAUAGGUCGGGAUAGCACCUUUCCGGGAGAAGACGUGUCUGUUCACUAAUUGGAGAAGGACCGAACACAGAAACUUCAAAAUCAAAGAAGAGAGGCGUGAUGGUGCUGAAAAAGUCUAACUCUUACCUAAACUCUGGCGCUACCCAGAGACUGACCAGUCAUGAGCGGAUCGAUGUCCACACCCUGGGAGGCCUCGAUCCUGACAGCUAUAUCUCAGUAGUUCGAGUGCGGAAGGAUGACAGGCGCUUGCUACCUUUUGGGAAUGUUGGGCGGACUGCCCUCAGUUCUCAAGAGGAGAAGAGAUAUGUGUCAGCAGAGGAAAUUAUCUUGCAAUAUUUGGAUCUUGACGAACACAGCACGAUCUUUGGCCUUGGCCCUCGAGUUCAAGUCGUUGAAAGUAAAGCUUGCAAUUUGUGGCAGAGACGGAUCUUAGCACACACUUUUAGUCUAGAUCGGGCAAAGAUGUGGUUUUUGCCUGAAAGAUUUCAUAAUAUUAUGCAAAACGACGAAUUUGCCGAGGAAAUCUCAAAACAUGCAGACCUGAAAAUAACAGAAAUGCGACAGAAGCGUGGUAGGCCAUACGUUAGAACAAAACAAGAAUGGAGUUCGUUUGACAUGGUACAGCAGCGUGGGAAAACGAACAAUACCAAAGUUAUGCCAAACGCCCAGCAAUUGAAUCACGAGAGGGUAGCUAAGAAAAGCAAACGAUCGUGUCACCCUCGAGGUAUCCAGAGGCCGGCUAUGUGGCAAAAGGAGACAUCGAACAAAAAAGAAAGAAUACUCCAAGAACAGAUGGAGGAGAGACCCGCUCAGACGGUGUACAUUGAUAUUGUGCUCCCAAGACAAUUAGAUGCAAGAGAUGCAAACUGUAAUUUCAACGUCAAAAGAUACAAUCACCGUCCUUACAACGCCCCAAGGACAGCGAGUAUGAAAAUCAAACACCUGAAAUCUGCACGCUUGAGGGCAUGGCAUGAGGAAGUAAAUGAGGAAUCCUCAUUGUCCUACGAAGCAGAUGACAAGUUCUCCUCACAGUUGGGCGGUCAGUAUGGCAAACUUGACAGCAUAGAUGAAACUGAUGACACUGAGGCACAAAGACAGUCGGUGAAGUUUAACAUUAUGGACUUUUGCAAGCCUAAUGGCACAAACAGAGGUCCUCGAAAGAGAAAUCAACGCAAGAAGAAAAAAAGCUGUGACAUGUCACAGCAUCUUUACGAAGAGCCACAUUUGCAUAUUCAGUACAUAUCGAUGGAAGAAGCAUUGGAAUACCUCGUUGACUCCACUGGGGAUUCUCGUGUUCUUCCAGGUGGACAGGUUGAUCUUGCUUUGGCUGUGAGCGAAAACUGUUGCAUCGACGUCGCUUUUGACUUUGUGCCUGACGUGAACGAAACAAGCAGUGAUUCAUCCUUUGAACACCUCGAUAUGGACGGGGCAAACUGUGAUGACGAUACUGUUCGUUUUUACGAAGGUAUUGCCAACUUCGCGAAAGAUUUCCGAUAACUAUGAGUUUAGAACCAGGGGAAUCAUGAUCAGAAAAUAUAAUAUCCGCGAUGAUGCUGUGUUCAUAAUGCAGGUCAAAGUCUAACCUUCCUCCGCUUCAGAGGAAAUUGUAAGAGAGAGGGGGGAGGAGAGAGGGGGGAG